UGUGUGUGUGUGUGUGUGUGUGUGUGUAUCGGUGAAUCAGAAAUAUGUUAAGCUAUAGCACUCAAGAACUUGAAAAGUCACUGUAAAUUUGAGGGAAGAAGUCUUACAUGAAGCAUAUUAGAGUUGCAGGCAGUAGUAGCAGUUAUAUUUCUGUUUUCUCCUUGUUUAAAGCAGAUUUUCAAUUAAUCGACGCGAACGCGCAUGAAAUGGAAGCAAAUAAUGUGAGAAAUAAAAAUUUAGCGUCCUCGAUUCAAGGAAAACUUCAGCAGCAGUCCCCGUUACGCAGUCAUCAUUCCAUAUUUAGAGUCCCUAAUGUGCUACGUAAUGAUAACGAAAGAGUUUAUGUUCCACGUUUGAUCUCAAUUGGACCAUUGCACCGUGGAUCGAAAUUGCAAACCAUGGAAGGAAUUAAAUUGUGGUAUUUGCAUUGCCUGCUUCAGCGAGAUCAGACUCGAAAAACUGGUUUAGAGCACUUUGUCGAAGCUAUUAGAGAUAUAGAACAAGAUUGUCGGGAUAGCUAUGAAGAACAAAUUGAUAUGAGCAGUGAUGAUUUUGUAGAAAUGCUGGUGGUUGAUGGAUGCUUCAUUAUCGAACUCUUCAGGAAGUCUUCAGGAGAGGUGCCAACAAAGGAGGAAGAUCCUGUGUUCCACAAGUCAUGGAUACACACGCCACUUAUAAAUGACUUGCUUCUUCUUGAAAACCAGCUUCCUUGGAUAGUUCUUGACCGUUUAUUUGAUCUCACGCUGGAAACCAGUGCAGGUAACAAUAACCAUAUUUCACUUCCUGAGAUUACUCUACGAUAUUUUGAGGUGUAUAGCUUGGGGAUGCUUUCACGGACCUAUCGAGCAUCGGGAAGCAAACAUUUACUCGACUUCAUAAGAAACUCUUUGAUCGGAUGGUAUCAAUCAGAUGAUGCGCAUAUGCCCUUAAGUCUGUUCAAGAUUCCCUCUGCGACGGAGCUUGCAGGAUCAGGAAUCAUUCUUACUACGGGUCGAAAAUAUGAUGGCAUGCUCAACAUAACCUUCGAAGACGGAGUGUUGCGAAUUCCACCAAUAAGGGUUUGUAAGAACGGAGAAUCGCUGUUUAGAAAUCUCGUCGCUUAUGAACAGUGUGAAACAACAACCGGUGUGAGUAAAUAUGCCUCUUAUGCUGUGUUGUUGGAUCACCUCAUUAAGUCCAAGGAAGAUGUAGAGCUUCUUGUCAAGAGGGGAGUUAUAGAAAAUUUUGGCGAUGACAUGGCCUGGCUCUUGAAUAAUCUUUCCAAUGGUAUCAUCGUUUACAAUUUUACUUACCGAAGAAUCUACGAGAAUCUGAAUACAUUUUGUGGGACACGCUGGGACAGGUGGCAUGCUUACGUGCGUGCUGCGUUUCGAAUUUAUUUCAGAAAUCCCUUUGAAUUGAUGAAUUUUACUAAUGCUGUCUUCAUUGUUACACUUUUGACAUUGAUACAAACAACGUAUUCCGUUGCGUCAUACUACAAGCCGCAGCAGUAGACCGGCUUCCAGUUUGCAAUUGCUUUUUCCCCAUUAAUGUCAUGCUCAUGCAGUGUUGAUUACAAGUCUCUGUUUGUAUUUAUUUCAAUGUUAUCUCCUGUUAAGUUCGCUUGGUUUGUAUGUGUUUUCAUGUAUUCCAAUCAAAUGAGGAUUCACACUGAAGACGCACUCCCAUUCAGUUAUGAAAUAAUUCGAAAUUAUCUUUCUUAA